UUGGAGCUUGGGGAUCGUACGUUUCAAUAAUUUUGCGAUUAAUUAUAACCGAUCAGUGUAAAUCAAAGGGGGUGAUUGUAGGCAGCAAGGGUCAAAAAAUUGAGCGUUAAUUUGGGGGACUUAAUAUACCUUAGGUCCAAAGGAUAACAUGGAAUCAACGAUGCGCGUCACGUGGAAAAUGCCGCAGCGUUGGCGAAAAUUCACAUAUGCACGAAUUCAGGAAGUUCUAGUGAAAAGAACACAGUCAAAUCUUAUAUAACACAAUGGAUACUUCGGCCGUGUUUCAGCAGCUUACUUCAAAUAAUUUUAUGUUAGGGAUGCACGAUUCAAGCAUGGGCAAUCCUGUAAAAAACCCUAUACUAGGAUUAGGUAUAUUCAUUCUUAGUCAGGAAUAUAUUUUUCAUUCUACUGACGAAAAUGAGGAUGAAGCCUGGACUAACACCGGUUUAAAACCAUUCAUUCUUUCCGCCAUGUGGAUUAUAGGUUCUUCUCUUGUAUGACUACUUAUAUAAUAACAAACAAUCUUUAAACAAACGGCAAAAUCAGUCACUAAAUUGGUUAAAGGGAUAUGAACAAUCAAGCCAAUUACUUUGUACUUCACAAAAUUGCGCUAUACACAUCAUUUUAUUGAAACCCCGAUUCCUUCCAACUUACUGUUGCAAUUCAUAUCUCAUGAAUGACGGCUAUCUCACAUAUGUUUAAAACCGUAGUUAUGAAAGACCAAUGAAGGGCAUCUGCAAAAUAAUGACGUCGGCAAUAUUAAAUGAGACAAGCAGACUACAAAUUAAUGUAUGAACUUGAAGCACAAAAUCGGUUAAUGUACCGAAUAAAACAUACAAAUAC